GCUGGAGGAGGAGGAGGAGGGAGGGUGCUGUAUCGGGCGAGAGUAAAAAUGUGAAGGUGGAAUCCAAGUGAGCAGCGACGUUUUCUGGUCUGUAGAAUCUGUCUGACUGGAGGGGAAAUAAUUAUUAUUAUUUAAAAAAAAACACACACACACAGGAGACCUUGGCACAGCAGGAGCGGGAGCUUUAUUUGGAUCCUACAGCUGAUUACGGGAAUAAUCCUCGCUAAGAAUUCUUUGUUUAUAUUUGCGCGUCCCUCUUUCUGCCAGUGUCUACACCUUCACAUGCAACUGACUGGAAGGAAGGAAGGAGCGGUGCCGAGAGUGAGGAGGAGGAUCACAACMCGCGAUUGCAGGAUAUUGUUUUAUUAACUGCACWAUGUGAAUAUCUCCUCGUGCUUUAUGGGAUUAUUUUUGGCCGAAGCAGCUUUGUUUUGGAUAAGGACGCAUUGGGCAUCAUGAGUUCCAGUGCUCAUCGGCAAGUCUCAACACGCAGCGAGCGGGGCUCUGAGCCAAUCCGGUGUCAGCGGUGUCGAGAAGUAUGCAAAGGGGAAGUGGUCCGCGUCCAAGACACUCACUUUCAUGUCAAGUGCUUCACCUGCACCGUGUGUAACUGUGACCUGGCACGAUCUGGCUUCUUCCAGAAGAAGGGCGAGUACAUUUGCACGGCGGACUACCAGCGUCUGUACGGCACACGCUGCGACCGCUGCGGCAACUUCAUCACAGGAGAGGUGGUCUCCGCUCUGGGACGCACGUACCACCCCAAGUGCUUUGUCUGCAGUAUGUGCAGCAAACCCUUCCCAAUCGGAGACAGGGUGACGUUCAGCGGGAAGGACUGCGUGUGCCAGCAGUGCUCCCACACACUUGUCAAGUCAAAUGAGCCCAUCAAGAUCCACGGGCCAAGCCACUGUGCUGGGUGUGGAGCAGAGAUCAAACAGGGUCAGUCUCUCCUGGCACUGGAGAAACAGUGGCACGUCAGCUGCUUCAGAUGUCGGACGUGCAACAUGGUUCUCACGGGGGAAUACAUCAGCAAGGACGGAGCGCCGUACUGUGAAGCGGAUUACCACGCCCAGUACGGGGUGAAAUGUGAAACGUGUAACAGAUACAUCAGCGGACGGGUUCUGGAGGCAGGAGGGAAGCAUUACCAUCCGACGUGUGCUCGAUGUGCCCGCUGUAACACAAUGUUCAAAGAAGGGGAAGAGAUGUACCUGACAGGUUGCGAGGUGUGGCACCCGUUAUGCAAGCAGGCCGCGAGGGCAGAGCGAAGACUCAGGCACAGACGCCUGUCGGAGACCUCCAUCUCACCGCCAGGAUCCUCCAUAGGUUCUCCCAGCAGAGUUAUAUGUGCCAGAGUGGAGAAUGAGAUCUUUGAUUAUAAGGACCUUGCUGCCCUGCCAAAGGUCAAGGCCAUAUAUGAGGUCCAGCAGCCAGAUCUCAUAUCCUCCUCAUACCAGCCAUUCCACAGAUACACCUCUGAUGAAAGGCUAGACACUUUCACCUAUGGGGAGUCCCUUGGAAAUCUCUCUCCGUAUUCUCAGGAUUAUGACCAUCCGGAUGCAAAGCAGCUCCGAUGCCCCAUUCAAGGUUAUAUUGACUCCCCGACCUACAGUCGUCAAGGCAUGUCACCCAUCAUGCCUCGCUCUCCACAGCACUUUGUCUACCCUGGCUCUGAGAGUGGCAGGAGUUCACCCUGUUAUGGCCAAGAGGGGCGAUCAAGCACACCCACCACAAACCAGCCCCCUAAACAUUUUCAUGUUCCAGCCACAGGGGAUCCCAACAUCUACAGGAAGCCGCCCAUCUAUAAGAGAACGGACAAUCAUGCGGAAUCAGCCACUAAAAGCAGAACGAGUGAGGAUAUCCUCCGAUCCUCCAGCCUGUCCACCUACUCUCCAGAGCCAUACACGCAGUCUGAGUCGGACUAUUACCCGUACACCAGCUCCCCGAGAGCCUACCGGGCGCCACGGCGACGCUUCUCGACGGGAGGAGAUGAAGAGAGUUGGAGUCAGGGUCUUCAAAGAAUUGGGAGUGGCAUCGGACGGAUGAUCCUCAAGGAGGAGAUGAAAGCGAGAUCUGGUUCCUAUGACAACGACCCCUGGGGCAGCGCGAGGAAUUCUCGUUGCGGGAGCAAGGAAACACUGAACACGACGGGCUACGGCACGACGGCGUACAACAACACCAUCAACGGCUCACCAAGAUCUCAGUACAGCGCUGAUAGUGAUUUUGGCUGCAAGUCAGCAUCACUGCCAGGAUAUAGGCGCAAUGGUAUUCAGCGGCCUCAGAGCGCAGAUUGCUACCAGUAUCAGUAUGACGACGGCAGCGAGGUCAACUGGGGAAGUAGAGCUGAGUAUAAGGUUUAUCCAUAUGAUUCUCUCAUUGUCACCACCAGAGGGCGGAAUAAGCUGCCUAAAGACGUCGACAGAGCGAGACUGGAACGCCACCUGUCCCCAGAGGAGUUCGUCCAGGUGUUCGGCAUGACCGUGGAGGACUUUGACCGGUUGGCUCUGUGGAAACGGAACGAGCUGAAGAAGCAGGCUCGGCUGUUCUAGUCACACCCGGGUGUGCGUUAAAUACUGCCACACGUCGAGUCGCACGGGACCAUGAGACGGAGACGCUUCUUCUCAGUUCCACUGCCACGUCUGAAGAACCUGUUCAAGAUCUCCUCGCGUGACAAAGAAGAGCCAGAUUGGACUUUUGGUGWCAGUGGUGGAGGGACAGAGACGGACUGGUGCUUGUUUGCCAGUGCAACCAUAGCUGUGUACUAGAGUGAAAUGUAAGCAAUAGAGACGUUCAUGCUGUAAUGCUGUGUAUUUUUUUUUUUCGUUUUGUUUUGGGGGGUUUUUUCCAAGUUCAGACUGUGCUCCCUUACACAGGUGACCAGACCUGCAGGACCGAAACACGAUGUGGAGAAAUUUGGCUUUGCCUUACUUGUUAUGCUCUUUUAGUUACGACUGUGCAGCACCAGCAAUCCGAAGGAAUAGAAUGUAGAUACAGUAUAUCAUUUCUGACACUUUAUCUGUGUGAAUGAUGCUAGAGGAUGAUGAGUGAGYGAUUGUGAGCAUACGCCUUUGGUUCAGGGUGCAUUUUGUUGACAUAUUACCAAUUUUUUUUUGUUGUCUCACACGAAACGGAGCAUCUUCAGUUGACAGAGAACAUCUGCAGUGGGCCAAACUUUUUUUAUUUAUUUAUUUUUUAUCUGUUUCUGUGACCUGCUUUAAUUAGCGUCAGGAUGGAAAUCUGMAGCUUAGAAGAUGCUGGCCAAGUAAUUAGCGGUCAGCAAUAGCGCAGCUGUACKGGAACCGAAGAAUGUGCAGUUCAGUAGGAACAAUGCAAAACUUAAUUUCCAGAAAAGUGUGCAGUUUUCACACUUCUAAUAGAAAUGGAAAUCUUUUCACUGUUAUUUUURAACUUURAUUUGAGACACAAGUACAAAGGGAAUGUUUCUUGACAUCUUCGGUUUUGAGGGCCACAAUUCAGCUUUUUCUUUYUCUUUUUUCAGCAGAUAAAUAUUAAGCAAURCAUUUAUUUAAAUAAAAAUGSAAUAGAUGUAUUCAAUGCUUUGAAGAAUGGAAAAGUGUCAUAGGCGUAAAUAAAYGUGGCACCUCAUCAAAGCCUGUCCUCCCUUCUAAAAUYAUUGUCCACCACAGUGGACAAUAGCUUCUUGGUGGCGCCACUGUUCACAUUUUCUCAAACUUAUCAGUCAAGAUACUAUAGAUAGUUAACUUUGCACUUGUGCCAAAUUAAUGUCUCAAACAAAACACAUUGGUAUAUGUUUUUUUUAUUAUUAUUUUUUAUGUUUUAUAAAAUAAUAAAGUUUUCUGAAAUUGAGGUUUGAGUUUACAAGAUAURACAAUGCUGUCCUGUUCUUUCCUCUUUGCAAUAGAAUGAUGAUGAUAGUUUAGGUUGUGCAUUGUUUAUAAACCUACAUUCAUUACUAUUUAUAUUCUUUUAGAACGAUAAUCCAAUAAUUUUGUAGCUCCAGAUAUUAUAUUCCCACACCAGGAAACACUCAGCAAGGUAAUUUCCCACACAAAGACCCAGGGUUGUUAAAGACUUCUUUUGAAUACUGUUUUUUUUAAUUAUUAUUAUUAUUUUGACACUAAAAUUAAACUGCAACUCAGAA